AUGGAUUCGUCCUCGACGUCGCCCUCGCCCUACGCCUUCCCGCUGCGUCCAACAGAUUAUGCACCCAAGCCGGUGCCGAGUAUACAGGAGUGGAGACAACUAUGGAAAGCCUGGGAGCUGGUGACGCUGAAAAUGAUCCCAAACGAGGCGUUGCAUGAGAAGCCGAUUCCGCUACGGAAUGAGUUGAUUUUUUAUCUGGGACAUAUUCCCACGUUCGAGGACAUCCAUCUCUCCCGCGCAACAAAAGAACCACCCAUCGAGCCAGUCUACUACCAAACAAUCUUCGAGCGCGGAAUAGACCCUGACGUCGACAACCCGGAGAAUUGCCAAGACCACAGCGAAGUCCCAGAUACAUGGCCAUCGCUGGACGAAAUCCUAUCCUUCCGCGAGAAAGUCUGCGCGAGGAUCGAGGCGCUUUAUCAGACCGAUAAGCCCUGGUCGGAUAGGACUAUUGGUCGCGCGCUAUGGAUUGGGUUCGAGCAUGAGGGUCUGCAUCUGGAAACGUUUUUGUGGAUGAGUAUCCUGAGUCCGAAUGUGCAGUCGCCGCCGGGGGUGGAGAGGCCUGAUUUCGAGGGGAUGGCGCGGGAGGCUGCUGGCCAGCGCGUUGAGAAUCAGUGGUUUCCUGUUAAGGCGAGGACUUUUCCCAUCGGUAUCAAUAAUGCGGAAGAUGACUCUGGAGAUGGUUAUUUUGCAUGGGAUAAUGAGCGUGGGCCAUAUGAUGCUGUGGUUCAUGGAUUUGAGGCGCAGGCAAGGCCUGUGUGCAUUGGGGAGUACGCCAAGUACCUUGUUGAAACGAGCAAGAUGGAUAACAUUCCUGUAUCAUGGACCCCGAUGACGAUGCCGUUGACCAACGGCCAUGGUUCAUCGGGCGAUGCAGUUGAGAACUUCAUCGAAGGUCUCACAAUCAAAACCGUCUUCGGCCCCGUCCCGCUGAAACUCGCCGUCGACUGGCCCGUCUACAUCUCAUACAACGAUGCGGCAGCAUACGCUGACUGGGCCGGUGCGCGACUCCCAACUCUCCAUGAAGCUCGCAGUAUCCACCGACAGGUCGAGGAGGGAAAGGCAACGGAGAACAAUGACCUACCAAGAGACCAGCUCCCCACCUCCUCCCGCGAGGAUAUCUACAUCGACAUGACGGGGUACAACACAGGCUUCAACCAUUUCCAUCCCACGCCCGUGACGCACAAGGGUAAUCAACUGUGCGGACAGAGUGACCUUGGUGGCGCGUAUGAGUGGACGAGUUCAAAUUUCACGCCGCAGCCUGGCUUUAAACCGAUGGAUAUUUACCCUGGUUAUAGUGCCGAUUUUAUGGACGAGAAGCAUAUUGUUGUCGUCGGGGGGACGUGGGCGUUGCAUCCCAGGAUCUCUGGUAAAAGGACAUUCCUCAAUUGGUGGCAGAAGAACUAUCCGUACCCGUGGGUGACUCCGCGUCUGGUUCGAGAUGUCUGA